AUGACAACUGCCAUGGAUAUGGUUAAUAAGAUUAAUCCUGAGAAGGAAGCAUGGAACCUCAAAGUUAGGGUGAUUAGGCUUUGGACUGUUCCAACUUUCACUGGUCAACUUCUCCCAAAUUCCGUGGAGAUGAUUUUGGUUGAUGAAUCUGGGUGCAAGAUACAAGCUACUGUUCGGAAGACUAUGAUUUACAGGUUCAAACAACUUCUCACCGAGGGUCGAGUAUAUGUAAUGAAGCUCUUCUCUGUUGUCCCAAACCAAGGAUCUUAUAAGGCCACUAGGCAUCAGUUUAAGUUGAUUUUCCAGUUCAGGACCACUGUUAGGGAUGCUAUCUGCGAUUUUAUUCCAAAAUCUGCUCUUACAAUCUCUCCAUUCACUGAACUUUUGGAAACCAAAGAGGAUUUCGAUUUCUUAGUUGUCACAGGAUUUGGUGUGCCUUAUUUGGUGAAUAUGUUGACGAACUUAAUCGAUUUCUGUCUUCUGGGUAGAGUUGGACUUCAGAAUGUUAUGUUUGCAUCAAAGCUUGGAUUUAAUCUUGACAUCCCAGAGGUGGCAGCUUUUAGGAAAAGUUCUAUUCCACAUGGAGUUAGUGCAUCCCAACCCAUUGCCUUUGUUGGAUCUGGAAAAAAUAUCGGAAUAGAAGAAGAUUUUAUGAAGCUCACACCUAGGUGUACUGUGAAGUCGCUUGAUGAUAACAACCGGGCUGGAACCUUUGUUGUACUAGCGAAGAUAGCUGAAAUAGUUGAGGAUGGUCCUUGGUGGUACUCUGCUUGUGUGUGUGGCAGAGGUGUUCAGGCAGAAUCUGGGAUUUACUUUUGUCAGUUUUGCAACAUCCAUGUUACAAAUGUGACUCCUAGAGUGAAGGUGUUGGUUGAGGAUUUCACUAGUGUUUCUAUUUUUGUCCUCUUUGAUCGUGAGACAAGCUACCUACUGAAUAAGACUUGUGCCCAGCUGUUUGAACAACAUCUUAAGGAUGUUGAUGUUGUGUUUGGCACACAGUCUCCUCCUAUAUUUCAAGAAAUUGUUGGAAAAACUAUGCUGUUCAAGGUUCUUAGUAGGCUUGUUGGGAUGGAGAAAUUCAAAGGGACUUAUCCAGUGAGGCGUGUUUGUGAUGAUGCUGCAAUACUUGGAAUGUUUGAGCUCUCUGGUUCAGAUUUGAGUCCCGAAAAGUGUCCUCUCCUCAAGAGAAAGUCUACUGAUGCUGUGGUGGAUAAGUUAAAUGAAGUGGAUAGUUCUGAAAAUUCAUCUGAUGAAGUUGAUGAAAGUGAAGAAGAGUAUGUGGCUGGCAUUAAUAGAGGCUCUGUUGAUGCUGAGAAAGAUGUGAAGCCUUCGUUGAAGAGGUUAAGAAGAUCCUUGAGGCUGCAAUUUGAUGAAGCUGAUGAGUCUCGUGGCUCGGGGAAUAAUGGCUCCUCUGGACAUGGGGUUGGAAGUGAUCUUUUGGCCAUUUAUUUUGUUUUGAUAGAUUUCUUAGGUGCAUUUUGCCUAUAA